ACCCCUAGUGUCGUCGGCGUUGCAACAAAUCAUAACAAUCAUAACAAAACCACACCAGUAUCUCAAUUCAAGGGGUUUUUUGUCUUACGCCAAUGCUUUAUUUGCAGUAGAGACCGCAGCCGUGGGGAGUCCUCACCCAUCAUGCCCACCAUCGUGGUCUUGGAUACGUCUCUGUCCAUGGCGCGAGUGGCGGACCCCUCGGCCACGCCCCCUGCCACCUACUUAGAAUUGGCCCAAAGAGGGUUGGACGGUUGGCUCAAGCAUUUGGAACACAAGUUCAAAUUGGAGCACGUGGCCUUUCUCACGUGUUCCAGUCAAUGCCAUCUCGGGUGUUCGUUUACGCGGGACGUGAGCGAGAUCCGACAAAAGCUGUUCCAAGUCGAACCCGAGGAUGCCUCGCUCAUCAUCAUGUGUGCCCGUGAAAUUGCCGCGCUGGUCCAUGAUGUGUGGGGUGCCUCCGUGCCCGUGAACAUCAUUCUGGUCACGGAUGGUGGCCUGGGAAUGGGACAGUUCUCCUUGUCCCAUUUAUUGAUGGAGGAAGGCAUGGAGUUGGGUGCGCCUUUUCCCUUGCCUUUCCCAGGACGAUGGUCGGUGGUGUUGCUCACGCCCACUGAAUCCCAUAUCUUCAAGGCGGCCCAGCCCAUCUACCAGCGGUUCAUGGAGCAGAGCGGUUUGGGCGGAGAGGUGGUGGGCUUGGACCGCGAACUCACAGCCCAGAGUGUGGAGAAGGUAUUCGCCGAUCUGUCCCAAACCCAUUACCAACACUACGUGGGCACACUCCAUUUUGGGGAUAAGCUGUCCUCACCGAUCACGCUGUGUCCACCCCCGUCCAAGUAUAAGAAAGUCCAGGACUUUGACUUUGUCGAGGCCGUAAUUUCCGAUGAUCUCGACAUCAAAGGCUUCCUUACCUUGGCUGAUGUGGCCAGCCCGCCCGUGGUCUCGCGCCAUCUCAUCUUACCCUGGAGUGGGCAAAUGCAGCGAGAGGAAGAUGGUCGUACCCCGACCUUGUGUGUGUUCUUGCACGGAGCCAUGAAAGUCGAAUCCCUGUGCGCCUUAGUUCAAGUGGCCUCCGAUUGGUUCGGCAUCAUCUUUUCGUGUCCGGAUGUGAAGAAAAAAUCCAGUCUGAUGCUGUCUUUGUUCGAGCCGGGAUCGCAACCGGUGCCUUGGUUGGGCAAUCUACGCAAACUGGGACCCGUCUCGGACUUGAAUGUGACCAAUCAGAAUCCGUUCCCGGUGCGGGGCAUGAGUAAACCGAGCUACAGUGCUAACCCUGUGGUCUGGACGAAGCAGGUCAAUCUCCACAGUGACGUGCAAAAGAUUUUGAGGAGUGCCCGGAAGCUGCCGGACAAGACCAAACACUUUUACGAGGAGCUGAACCGCUUGAAACGAGCCGCUUUGAGCUUAGGCUUCCACGAACUCUUAGAGGCGAUGGCCUCGACCCUUGAACGGGAGUGCGCGGUAUUGCCCCCUACCUCGGAACCGGAUUGCCACCUACAUCUCACGCAUGCGGCUCAGGAACUCAAAUCGUCACGUGUAUUUGAUUUAGACUACGUUAUUCAACCCGUCGGCUCACGCCACGGGAAAUAAAAACAUCACAAUUGAUUCA